AUGCAUUCAGCAGCCUCUACACGAGCUCCUUCCAUCCAAAAUGAGGACGCCCCGACGAUGUAUUCGUCCCAGUUCACGGACGGGUCUGCUUCGAUGAGAGCGUCACGGUUCAUGUACAUGAAGGUCGUGGCCGUUGGGACGCUGGCUGUGACUAUCGUGAUGUUUUGCGUCUUUUCAAUAUAUUGGGGCGCUCUGUGGAAGAUCCCAGCGCAUAAUUUACAGGGAUGGGUUGUGGACUUUGAUGGGUCGACGGUGGGAAACGCGGUUGUUCAAGGUCUUCUGUCUUCGUCUUCAAAGGUGUCUUGGACGGAACGGCCAUCGAGUGACUUUUCCGGCAGUGCAGGAGAGGUCGCUGAUCUCGUCGUCGAUCAGAAGACAUGGAUCGCUGUUGUUAUCAACUCCAACGCGACAAUGGCUCUACAAUCAGCAUUAUCAACAGUCAAUUCUUCAUAUGACGGUACGGAAGCUAUCACAGUCUAUGCUGUCGAAGCGCGGAACGAGAAUGCUUAUCGCUCUCUAAUCCGCCCAUCCGUACAAACUUCGCUCGCUGUCAUCACUCAAAGCUUUGCCCAGUCUUUUCUUAAGCAAGCCGGGUCGUCGUCGCCCGACGCUUUGGCUUCAAUAUCCACUGCAGCGCCACAAAUCUUAACGGAGCCUAUCAGCUACAUCCUCAACAAUUUGCGGCCUUUCGACAUACCAGUAGCUAGUGCCGUCACCUUUGUUGGGCUCAUCUACGUACUCGUAUUGUCGUUCUUCAUCGUGAACUUUUGCUCCGUCGCUCGUCAACAAUCUGGUCUAGAAACAGCGUUGACGACAGGCUCCCUCAUUAGAGUCAGAUUGGUCUCGAGUUUCAUCGCCUACUUUGCCCUAUCAUUGUUCUACUCCCUAUUGAGUCUGGCUUUCCAAGUAGACUUCUCCAGAGUACUGGGACACUCUGGAUUCCUCGUUUUCUGGAUGGCUAAUUACGUCGGCAUGUUAGCUGUGGGGUUGGCACUCGAGGCAAUGGUAACAGUUAUGACGCUGAGAUUCGUCCCGUUCUUCAUGAUAUUCUGGAUUAUUGUCAACGUUGCAGUGUGCUUCCUGCCUAUCGACGUCCUUCCGCAUAUAUACCGCUACGGAUACGCAUUUCCCUUCUACAAUCUGUCCGGCGCUGUGAGAACUAUCAUCUUCGGGACGAAGAACGAACUUGGCAUGCAUUUUGGUGUUCUAAUAGCAUGGGUGGCGGUUUCCAUGAUCACUCUCCCACUGUUCCAGUGGUUCAUGCGAAGAAAGCCGAUGGCCGAGUCACAGCAAACGCAGGCAAUAGUGGAGAAAGCGUAG